CGCCGGCCCGGACCCCCCCGCGGGAGCAAGCGGCGGGAGAGAAAGUGAGGCAGCGGCAGCGGCAGACCGGGAGCAGCGGCUGCCGGGAUAGUGUCUGCAGCCUUUUCUCAAGUUUUUCACCGUGAACUGUUGUGUGUCAAACUGGACAAGUUAUCUUAGUUGAAGAUUCAUCAUUUUGAAAAAUUGGAGAAUUGAGCUAAUAAUAAAGGCCUUGGAGUGGGGAGGGACGGUCGGCCAAGAGAGCGGCACCCGGGUCCUGUGCUGAACCUGAGCCUGCCGGACGGGAGGCAGCCCAACCACAGCCUCGACCUUAGACCUGCCAGCAUGGCUGGCUGGACCAUGUGGACUGAGACCCAGAGCUGGGACUACUGAAAAGAAGGUGCUUUUAGAGCCGAAGAUGUGAAUAAGACUCCUGUGCUGGAGAUUCUAGAUCAUCUUGAGGAUCCCACUGGGAUAAUGUUUAGUUGUCAUGUCUUCUUAGGCUCCUCUUGCUGUGACAAUUUCUUGGAUUUUCAUUGGUUUGAUGACAUUGUCAGCUGUGAGGAGAACUGAUCAGAACAACAACAAUCUUGAAGCCUGUUGCCGAGCCCUCUCCCAGGAGAGUAGCAAAUACUUAUAUAUGGAAUACCACAGUCCAGAUGACAACAGGAUGAAUAGAAAUCGCCUUUUGCAUAUUAAUCUGGGUAUCCAUUCUCCGAGUAGCUACCACCCAGGAGAUGGGGCACAACUUAAUGGGGGUCGAACACUGGUACACAGCUCAAGUGAUGGACAUAUUGAUCCACAGCAUGCAGCGAGUAAACAGCUGAUAUGUUUAGUUCAGGAACCACACUCCGCUCCAGCUGUUGUGGCUGCUACUCCGAACUACAAUCCAUUUUUUAUGAAUGAACAGAACAGAAGUGCAGCUACUCCUCCUUCACAGCCACCUCAGCAGCCGUCUUCCAUGCCCACAGGAAUGAAUCCAUCUGCUAUGCAAGGGCCUUCACCGCCGCCACCUCCUUCGUACAUGCACAUACCUCGGUAUAGUACAAAUCCGAUUACUGUUACAGUGUCCCAGAACCUCCCUUCUGGACAGACUGUACCAAGAGCUUUACAAAUUCUUCCACAAAUUCCAAGCAAUCUCUAUGGGUCUCCUGGUUCUAUUUAUAUUAGACAGACAUCUCAGAGUUCAUCAGGAAGACAAACUCCUCAGACUACACCAUGGCAGUCCUCACCACAGGGCCCAGUGCCUCAUUAUAGCCAACGUCCUUUACCUGUUUAUCCACAUCAACAGAACUAUCAACCUUCUCAGUAUUCUCCCAAACAACAGCAGAUUCCUCAACCUGCUUACCAUUCGCCACCUCCUUCUCAGUGUCCUUCACCCUUCAGCUCUCCACAGCAUCAGGUGCAGCCUUCCCAGUUGGGCCACCCAAGUUCCCACGUCUUUAUGCCCCCUAGUCCUUCAACUACUCCACCGCAUCCGUAUCAACAAGGACCUCCCAGCUAUCAGAAGCAGGGAAGCCAUUCAGUAGCUUAUCUCCCAUACACAACAUCUAGCUUACCCAAAGGAUCCAUGAAGAAGAUAGAAAUUACAGUAGAACCCUCUCAAAGACCUGGGACAGCAAUGAACAGGAGUCCUUCACCUAUCAGUAAUCAACCAUCUCCACGGAAUCAGCACUCCCUGUACACAGCCACCACACCACCUUCAAGUUCUCCUUCAAGAGGAAUAUCCAGUCAACCAAAACCUCCAUUUAAUGUUAAUCCUGUGUAUAUUACAUAUACACAGCCCACUGGACCUUCAUGUGCUCCGUCGCCAUCUCCUCGAGUGAUACCAAACCCAACUACAGUUUUUAAAAUUACUGUAGGUCGAGCGACGACUGAAAAUCUUUUAAAUUUAGUGGACCAAGAAGAACGUUCUGCAGCCCCAGAACCUAUUCAGCCUAUUUCAGUGGUACCAGGCUCUGGGGGAGAAAAGGGAAGCCAUAAAUACCAGAGGAGUUCUAGUUCUGGAUCAGAUGACUAUGCCUAUACACAAGCCUUGCUGUUACAUCAGCGAGCAAGGAUGGAGAGGUUAGCAAAGCAGUUGAAACUUGAGAAAGAGGAGCUAGAGCGGUUGAAGGCUGAAGUGAACGGGAUGGAGCAUGACCUGAUGCAGAGACGGCUCCGAAGGGUCAGCUGCACCACUGCAAUCCCCACGCCUGAGGAAAUGACAAGAUUGAGAAGCAUGAACAGACAACUCCAGAUAAAUGUUGACUGUACACUGAAAGAAGUUGACCUCCUUCAAUCUAGAGGAAACUUUGAUCCAAAAGCCAUGAAUAAUUUUUAUGACAACAUAGAACCUGGCCCAGUUGUACCACCCAAGCCAUCUAAAAAAGAUUCGUCAGACCCUUGCACAAUUGAGAGGAAAGCCCGAAGAAUUAGCGUGACCUCCAAAGUACAGGCAGACGUCCAUGACACCCAGGCAGCAGCUGCUGAGGAGCAUCUGACUGGCUCCAAACAGAGUCCCCGGACACAACCCCGUGAUGAAGACUAUGAGGGGGCCCCAUGGAAUUGUGAUAGCUGCACCUUCCUAAACCACCCUGCGCUGAACCGCUGUGAGCAGUGCGAGAUGCCACGGUACACUUGAAUGCCCAAGAGUCUGCAUCGACCUGAGAGAGAAACUGGGAGCACCCACUAGAAGAAAAGGAGCCUUGGGAGUGUGUGCAUCUGCCCGGCCUUUUCAUUUCCUAUUCCACUGGGGGAGGAGCAGCGCCCCUGUAGGGCUCGUGCUCAUUCAAGAAAAAUGGGGAGUUCUCUUUGUUUUGGGUUUUCCUUUUUUCCUUUCUUAACUCAUUGCAGAGUGAGAUAGAAAGGGAUACUUGAAACUGGGAAAGGAUUCACUCCUGAAAGAAUGUACACAGAGAAGUCAAGAGCUCUUCUGUGGAAUCCCAAUUGUUAAAGUUACUGCUGAGUGGCCCUUACUUUAUAAACUAGAACUUUAAAUCAUGGUGUGACAUGUUACAGUUUAUGCAGACAAACUGUGAAUUCUCAGAGCAGACUUAACCUGGUCACAGCUCUCUGGAAAACCAAGGUUCCCCAUGCUUCUUCCCGUUGUUUCCUACUGAAGAGAAGGACAGGAGAAAGCACUCAGAAUAUGACUUGGGGGGGUGGGCAAAAUAAUAAGGGUAUGUGUAAUUGCUGCUUUUUUCAGAGAUAAUUUCAAACACACAAACACAAGUGGCUUAAAAUGUGAUUUGUAGCAGUUAAGAAUGAGGCAUAUCGUGCCUUUCAUUCAAAAGUACAAUCAGAGAUGAGAAGAUCCCUUUGACUUGUACAAUAAUUCAUCAAGCUAAAUCAACACUGGUAACUAAGACCUAAUUAUGCCACAUAGUAGAUACAAUUUUUAAGUUACUGCAUGCUUUUAUUGGGCCAUUGGCCUUAAAAAUAACAAGUCCUUAUCAGUACGAUUUUAUGAAUUUUAUGAAUGACCUUCUUGUAAAACUGCGCUUUGCCAAUAGCACAGUGAAUGUAUGCCAAAUGUAAAUCCAUUCCAAAAUCCAUUCGGAAAUCUUGAGCUCAUCUGUGGUUCUGUAAGAAAUGUUUGCAGUCCAUAGGACCUUUUUUAUCCUCCUUCCAAUUUUGUGAUGAAUUCACGAUGUUUACAGCACAGUGUUUUGUGCCAGAAUCCUUACUUAGCUGAAAAGAAAAAAAUCAACAUUAGCUGUUCAAUACGGAUUGAUUUGCACAUGUCAGUAAUAAGCCAAUGUGAGGGCAAUUACAGUUGGCCAAGAUCAUAAAGUGGUACACUGCAUUACCUGGGAGGAAGAGAAGGCUAGUCGAGAAACGGGAUUUUAAGAGAAGGGUGAAUACAAAGGACUUUAAAACCAAGAACUGUUUCAAU